UUCACGCAGCCAUGCGUCUAGUCUUUUCAAAUUUGGAGGGAAAACAAUAUAGACUUGAGGCUUGCCGCAGGUAGAGAGGAAACGAGGGCUGUUAUUGAGCAGAUAAUGUCAGCUGUUGUCUUCGCGUCAGCUAGGAGGUAGUCAUUUCGUAUCUCCCGCAUUAGUCUAGUCAGAGUAGUCAGGGUCAAUCGCUUGUCGAUAAAAACAAGAAAAACAACAGGCAGCGUUUUUGAGCGAAUCGCCAAAGAAGAACUGACUCCGAUUAUUGGGUCAAGGCUACGAGACAGGGAGUUUCUUCCAGGCUCCACGGGUGGAGGAUUCCCAGAGUUCUUAGCAGGGCCAAGUGACUCCUUCCCACACGGCGUGCGAGUCAAUACUAGAGACAAGGCCUCACUCCCAGAGUUGAGUGAAAAAUGCAUGGAUUAUGUGAAGGAGAAUCUCGUAUAUAAUCCUGCGAUCCUGUUCCGCGGAUUGCCAGCUGAAACUGCGGAUGACUUUUUGACCAUAACCCAAGCAAUACCAGGAAAGGCCAUGAGUUAUGCGGGAGGUGGAGUGCCCAGACCUCAGGUUUUACAAAAAUCUGGGAUCUACUAUACAUCAACUGAAGAUGAAGUUUACUCCAUCGAUUUGCACCACGAAAUGGCCUAUGGAAAAUCCUAUACAUCGAAGCUUUUCUUUUUCUGCGUCCAAGAGCCCGCCGACGGUUGUGGUGGUGAGACACCGCUGGUCAAAAGCAGCGAUAUUCUUUCUGACCUUGAUCCCGAAGUCGUAAGAAAGUUCAAAGAAAAAGGGGUCAAAUAUGCACGAUAUCUUCCAGACAAAUCAAGCUCAGAUUAUAUGACCUGGCAGCAGCAGUACUACACGAAUAAUCGAGAGGAGGCAGAAACAAUAGCCAGAAGUCUUUUUGACAAUGUCUAUUGGGAUGACAAGGAUAAUAUGUAUUGGUCUCAUGUCAACCCAGCCUUCCAUCCCCAUCCGAAAACGGGAGAAAAAAUUUGGUUUAAUCAAGCAACGACUCAUCAUCGUACCUACUACAAGUCAUUACCAUCGUUCAGCGGCACCGAUAUCCCGGAUGAUAAAUACCCCACUAACACCUACUAUGGAGACGGAAGUGAAAUCGAACCGGAAGUCAUACAACACCUUAGAGCUGUUUCAUGGUCAUGCGCAGUUGGAUUUCGGUGGAGGAAAGGUGAUUUGCUGGUGCUGGAUAAUAUGGCCGUUCGGCAUGGAAGAAUCGGCUUCAAGGGCGAAAGGGAAAUUCUUCUUCAUAUGACGGCUGACACAUGAUGUUACAGUUAAUAGAAGUCAAAUUUGCUUCUAUUUUUGUUUAUUCUUUUUGUAAUACUAACAAAGCUCUAGUAUAGAUAAUUCUAACUUUAUGUAUAUAAAAAAGUCAUAUUAUAGUCACUUGGACAUGAGGCUGAUAUAUAUUUCAGAAGCUGGUUGAUUCCUUGAGAAGUAUUUUUUAGCAUAAACGUAACAUUACUUUCUGUUGUCAAAAAUCGCUCUAUUUUCAUUUAUGCCAUUUUUCGCUAACUUUUCUUCAACUUUUGCCAUGUUUUCGCUGCUACUAAAACUCCCUCAUCGAUUAUUCUUUUCUUUCUUGCAGGACAAUAUUAUACACUGUUUAUUAUCUAUUA